CUCACACGGCCGUGGGGGUCGUGGCCGCGUAGGAAGCCGUAAGUCACUUAACGAAACGCCGCGUUUUGCAAAGCCACACGAGCAGCUGGGGGAGUACACGGCCGUGUGACAUGGUCAUGUGAGUCGGGAUUUUCUGGUUUUAAGCCAAUUUCCAGCCAAAAGUGAGGGGGAUUCGAGUUUUAGAGAGACAGAGCGAUUCCUAGAGAGAGAAAGCGACGAACAAGAGUUCCCAAGUGCCCUAGCUUGAUCUUCAUCACCAUUGGAGCCCGGCUUGAGCUUGGAGAAGUGCCGAUCGACAACCAGGAGCAGAAAUCCAUCCUUCACAGUAUGGUUUCCGCAUCUGAAUCUGCUUUUGCUUCUUUCUCCAUGGAGUAGUUCUCCCAUUCAUCUGGGUAUGGAGAACCCUAGAUUUUUAUGUUAGGUCUGAUUGUAUGAAACCAAGUACAGAUUCUAUGAUUUGAUUUUAUUCAAUUGAGGUUUGAAUGAUUCGAUGGCAUGAAUCCUGAUCAAAUUCCUAUUGUUUCUGCUUUAACCUAGAAAGAAAAUAUCUGCCUAGGUUGAUAGAGCACCCUUAAUUGAAGGUAGUGAAUUGGUGACUUUAGUCGAGGAGCCAGUUCACUAUUCUGUACCUAAGUUACUUCGGUAUAGGAGGUUUUGUUCGUUAGGUCCUCAAUCUGUUUACUGCGGUGGAGGUUAGUCGCCCCCUGGAGACUCAGAUUGAGAGGGUCUGGAGACCUUUAGUCGAGACUUCAGACUAUUUAAGAACCUUCCGCAGUAUAACUAUCAUAGAAACUGAACUUGGUAAUUGCAAUCCGACUUAACUGCAGUCUAGGGGGAGCCAUAUCCGGGUGACCUCUCUCGACUUGAAACAACCGUUUAACUUGCUUUGUGUUUUUGUUAGUUUGAACCUGCACUUAAGUUUUACCGCUAGAUAAUAAGAAUUCACUGAGUAUUCAUCAUAUCUAGGACCCGGGUUGACAUUAAAACCCAAACCCGCUAUACUACGCUUUAGGAAGUGGUUUCACUUGGCCAUUUUCUAGAGUGACAGUAGGAGUGAGUCACUCACGACGGGGGCACGAAUUGUUAUAGAUUCAAGUUCGGCGGGAAAAACAUUGUGCUGAAGCCUUUGUCCCCAGCAUAGGUUCGCGCCGAUCAACAGCAAUUGGCCGCCAAUCGGGCUAAGAAUGGCGAGGAGUUACGAGAAGGGAAGGCCAAGGCGGGAUUUACCAUGGGUCGCUUUAUGUUGACCGCUCUAAGACGCGAAAAGCUCCGGAGAACGAGCCCCACACUCGUACCCUGUUUUCCGACGACGGCAAGGCAGGGCAGGAGAGAGGGGCUAUUGGGUGGCGCUCCUGGGGGCGAUCCGACUUAACCCAAUAAACUUGACGCAUUCCCUCUGACCUAGGGGUCGAUUUAUGCUGACCGCCCUAAAACGCGAGAAGCCUUGACGAACGAGCCCCAGACUCGUUCCCUGUUUUCCGACGAAGCCGAGGCAGGGCAGGAAAGAGGGGCUAUUGGGUGGCGCUCCUGGGGGGCGAUCCGACCCAACCCAAGAAGCCCGACGCGUUCCCUCCGGCCUAAGGAAGCGUUCCCCUCAAUCAAUUGGAGUCGUCUUUGUUUGUUUUGCAGGAUCACAUUCACACUCCAAUCACUCUGCUUGAACUCAAACACCAGCAAGAUAUGCGUGAAUGGGUUGGGGAGUCUGGCGAUGAAUCGGCCGAAGCGGCUGAUGCAGAAUCGUCGAGGGUAGUCCCAGAAAGCUGUAGGAAGCUUCAAAUAGUGUCGCCGAUUGCUGAGGACGAAAUGCCCAAAUUGAAAUUGGCUGACCUGAGCACCAAAAAUUUAAACGCUACGGGUGGCGGGAAAACGAGUGACGUCGAAUUCGCGAUGAAGCCGUAGCUUCAAUGGGUGGAACAAGUUCAGGAGCUCGAUUGGAGGAUGGAAGGAGGUCGUAGAGGCAAUGAGUUGGGAUGGCGACGUUGGAAUCAAGAGUUCCCAAUUCCCAAGUCAAAGAACAGUGCUUGCGUUUUCCAGAAAACGUGGCCUGAGCAGCCGUUUUACGACCCUAUUUGGGUUCAGUUUUGUGAUGAUUUUGAAGGCAGGAAAGAACCAGCUUUAAGGGCAAAGCUUUUAAAAGAGGGAGGGCCUAAUAUGAUCUCAAAAUCCUUCUUCCAUCAUUCUUGGUUGAUUGCUAAAGAAGCUACUCCUACUCACUUGAAGAACAUGAAAUUUUGGCUAAGUCAUGAGACUGUUUCGGGAGGCCUUCUUUACGAGCAUGGUUUGGGCAAUUGCCAUAAUAGAAAUUAUAUUGGAAAGGUUGGAUUGAACCUUGCAAAUUGAUAAACAAAUUGGAAUGUAUGGAUUCUCGAGAGAAGGCCAGGAAGUGGCAUUUUCAAGCUCGACAAAACACUAUGGCAGCACAGGAAAACACUAUGGCAUUUUCAAGCUCGACAAAACACUGUUGCGGGAAGCUCACUUUGAAGCUCAGGAGACGACGAAUGGCUGGGAAUCAGGUUCCAACAUUUAGUUCACACGAAAGCUGGCAUUUUCUAGUACACAAACAAGGCACAAGGUGAUCUAAUCGGAAUUGGGAGAAGUGAGAACGAGGGUCUCCAAGUUGGCAUCAACACCAGUUUGUUACUUGCACUUUAAGUUUCCGCUUUGUGUUAGGAUUGAGAAUGUUUUUGCUUACCUUGUUUGUUUCGGAUUCCUUUUGCAUUCUAGAGUGUUUGUAACCUAUAUUUAAGACCUGCAAACGUAUUGUAUAAAGGCAUUUUUUGAGUUGAAUACAAAAAUUAUAAAAACCUAAACUAAGUCUUGUCGCUAGUUUUUUGUUGAAGAGCUUUGGUCGAGAAAACCAAGCUCGAAUCUGUUCUUGUAUCGAUCAAUACAGCCUUGAUUGUGGGAGAGCUUCGACAUAUACUUCCUCCAGGUGUAGAAUUGCACAAGAGUUCUGUAACACCCUACCCUAUACGUUUUGCCUAAUCAUACUGUUCAUACAAUUGCAGCGGAAUUAAUCUCGGGUGUUACAUUAAUUAUCAAAAUUUACCUAAAUAAAAUUUCGACAUGAAUUACUCGCGUAACAGUUCUUGCAACUUAUCCUGCAAAAUAAUUCAUCACAACCAUAUAUACUAACAACCAUAUACACGGACUUUCAUAGCCAUAGUCACAGUUUCAUACUACACAACUGCAUCCCAAACUUCUACAUACCAUAAUCGUCCCAACUUACACAGUUACACAACAUAUACACAUAUCAUCAAUUUUCCACACCUGUGGAUAUCUCACACUACAUCAGAAGCUAGUAUGCACAUGAAAAACGUUCUCAAAACAUUUUUACAAAAAGGUGUGGAUCACUGGCCAAAAUCCCGAGUAGUCAUCCAAGCACAGAAUAGUUGAGGACCAUACCUCAUCUUGCCUUCAACUCUUGCUCAGCUCCCACCUAUAUACCUAUCUACUGCUGCUGAUGAUCUGCUUACACAUGGCAUAAGCAGAGAAAGAGGAUAAAGAGGGUCAGCUCAU